AUGCCUCAAUACACCUCUCGCGAUGUCGGCGACCCGUCGCAGAUUAAGAAGAACAAGCAGUCGAUGGCCGACCUCAAGUUGAGACGACUGACGGAACUCAACAACCGCUUGCGUGAAGACCUUGAGAGGGAGCGCAUUCCCGUGAGCAAUGCUUCUAAGAGUAUCAUCGCCUACUGCAACAGUACGAGGGACUACAUGGUUCCAUCAGUUUGGGGUGCCGUCCCCCGCGGCGAAGACCCCUAUGCACCACAACAGAGCGGCGGAUGCUGUGUGGUAAUGUAG